AAGGACAGGCUAGUCAGUGAUUCUAAAUGUUCUCCAGUCAGCAUCCACCAAACUCACAAUAAUGCUAGUUUAAAUUGGUACAAUAUGUUCUUCAAAUCUGAAUAGAUUGUAUCUGAGGUAGUUCUUCAGUGAUGACGGCCUACUACACUAAUAUCACCGAAUUCUACCUGUUGGGAUUUCCAGGACUCCAUCCAGAGUAUUAUGGAGCUGUGGGAUUCCUAUUGUUCUUUGUCUACUUGACGCUGGCGGGAGGAAAUAUCUUUAUAAUUGCAUUUAUUGCAUAUGAGAAAAGCCUUCAGAAACCCACCUAUUUAAUCUUCUGCAAUCUUGCUGUGUGUGAUAUUGCUAUUGGAACUGUCACACUGCCUAAAGCCAUUGCAAAAUACUUUUUCGAUAGUAGUGAGAUAACUUUUUUGAGCUGCUUUGUGCAAAUGUUUUUUGUUCACUACUUAGGGAGCAUUAACUCUUUCUUAAUGCUAUUAAUGGCAGUUGAUCGGUUUGUUGCAGUGUGUAAUCCACUGAGAUACUGCGUGCUUAUAACAAACAAAACAAUUCUGUUGGCAUGUGCACUGAUUUGGAUGUUGUGUAUCUCGUGGCUGACAUUUAUGGUUUACAACACCUUCGAUGAGCCCUAUUGCGGUUCCAACAUAAUAACCCAAAACUACUGUGACCACAAUUCAAUUAUUAAACUCUCUUGUGGAGAUAUAGGGCAGAAAAAGUUUUAUUCGUUUUCAUUUGCUAUGUUUGUUCUGUUGGGCCCUUUGAUAUUUAUUAUCUUUUCUUUUACUGCCAUCAUCAUUUCUGUCUUCAGAAUAUCUGACACCCAGGCCCGAUUUAAAACCUUCUCAACUUGCACUCCUCAGCUUCUGAUCAUCUGUCUGUAUUAUGUUCCCAGAUGUGUUGUUUAUGUGCACGAUGUGACAAUUGCAAUCUCACCAGGCAUUCGGGUUAUGUUAAUUAUGUGGUACACUUUGAUUCCACCUAUUGUCAAUCCAAUGAUUUACUGCUUCAGAACCAAAGAGAUCAAAGAUGCAAUAAAGAAAAAACUUAAAGACAGGAAAGUGAACGUGCAGAUAUGAAGAAAAUCGCUACUUUAAUUACACUUUGCACUGUCUAAGCACUUAUAUAUGUUGAUCAGUGUCAUUCUGGCUGUGCUUAUACCCUUUCAGAAUGAAUGACAUGUUUUUGUGAAAUUAUUUAUUUAAUAAAACAUGCUAACUUA